AUGGAGGUUCUGCUCUCGGCGGUGGCCACCGACCUCGUCGGCCGGCUGCUCUCCUUCCUCAUCAGCGAGCGCCAGGAGCCCGCCGCGGCCGAUGGCGCCAGGCUGCAGCGAGCGCUGCAGCGAGCGCGCGUCGUCCUGGACGAGGCUGAGGGGCGGCAGGUCACCAGCCUGACCAUGCUGCUGCAGCUCAGGAAUCUGAGGUGGGAGAUGUGCCGGGCAGCGCACGCGCUCGACGCGCUGAGGAUACGGGCCGCCGCGGCGGGCCGUCGUCACCGUUUCCUCCGCCAGUCGCUCCUCCUGCUCAGCUCGUCUGAUUCCUUGGGUGGCGGCGGCGGCGAUGGCACGGUCAUGGCGAGUCUCGAGGCCGCGCUGAGCGACGCGAAGGAGCUCGUCGUGCUCCUGGGCGGCUGCCCUCGCCUGACCCGGCAGCCGUAUAGCGCCUACCUGUUCAUGGAGCGGUGCAUGUUUGGCCGGCAGAUGGAGAUGGAGCAGAUCAUCGACUUCCUGCUACGUCCAGCUUGCUCGUUGGCCGGUGAUCCAAAUCCGGGCGUCCUCCCCGUCGUCGGCGGUCGGGAGGUCGGGAAGCGAACGUUGGUCGAACACGUCUGCAUCCAUGAGCGGGUGAGGCAAUACUUCGCCAAGAUCCUCCGUCUCAGCAGCGACGAUCUGAUGGCGGCCGGCGACCACGAUGACGAGCACCGGAGCCUCGGCAUCGAUCCUAGCGCAAGGUCGCUAGUCGUGGUCGACCUCGUUGGCGAUGUCGAAGAGGAGCCAUGGAGGCGGCUCUGUUCGUCCGUUCGCCGGGAGAGCGGGGACAGCAAGGUGGUCAUCAUCUGCAGGAAGGCGGAGCACGCGACGCGCCUGGGCACGGCGCCGCGGCCGGUCACACUGGCCAGGUUGCGGCGGCCCGAGCUCUGGUACUUCUUCCGCGCCCUCGCGUUCGGCGGCGCCGACCCGGAGGAUCGCCCGGAGAUGGUCGCCAUAGCCGCCGAGAUCUUCGCGGGGAUCUGUGACGUCACGCGUCCCCGUUCACCGCCGUGA